AUGGAUAGGAAACUGAGUGUUCGACAAGUCAAGUGUUGCUGCGAUCUUCUUGCUGCUGCCGCAGUUAGUGAUGGUGUUGAUUCUCUUCUUGCUGCUGCCGAUACUGAAGGUCUUCCUCCUGCUGGCACUUCGCAGUCUGCUAGAGGGAAGAAAAGGAGGAACUAUCGCCACAAUCAGGAGCAAAUCAAUGCAAUGGAAAUCUACUUAAAGGACUAUCCACACCCUGACCAGAACCAAAGAAAUGACCUUGCAAUGAGCUCAGGGUUAGACCCCACUCAGGUUAAGUUCUGGUUCCAAAACAAGCGCACUCAACUAAAGCUAGAGAUGAAAAAAUCAAUUUUAGCCGACCUUUUCCGUGGUCAGACUCUGCAAAACAUCCCUGAAGCAUUACAACAGUACACCUCGGAAUUAUCUAAGAACCGAGCAAAUCUCUCAUCUCCACGUUCUAGCAAUUGUGAAGAAAGAAUGCCUGAUGUGGGAGGAUUUACUCGCAUAUGUGGAAGAAUUUACCGACAUAUGUUGAAGUUCAAAGAUAUAUAUAGUUAUACAAAAAUUGCUUUGGAAGAAUACAAACAUCAUUAUCAAUAUAUUUUAAAAUGA